AUGGCCCCUAAGAGAAGCACUAGAAGACGGGCAAUAAAGGAAAAAUGCAUCAUGAACUCCCUCCCGAGAGAACUUAUUGAGCAGGUGUUUUUGAGGCUCCCAGCUAGCUCUUUGCUGCGGUGCAUUGGUGUCUGCAAGAUGUGGCGUGUCAUCAUCCGAGAUUCGCAGUUUGCCAUGUCACACCUCGAGCAUGUACCACCCUAUAGACUCCUGUUCUCCCCAAAUGAGUCGAUUUCAGGCACGCUGCGCCCCAGUGAUGCUGUUAUCUUUGACGAAGCCUGGUCACCAUCAACAUGGGCGGCACCAGUUAUUGGACCAGAUGAUCUCCUCUGCGGUACAUGCAAUGGGCUUCUUUGCUUACACACACCUACAUCAACUCUCAAGAUAGCCAACCUUGCAACUGGUGAAUCUUUGCAUCUAAAGAAGCCUACAAAAAGCUUAAAGGACGACCACUUUUCUUUCUACAGAUUUGGAUUUCACCCAGCCACUAAAGAAUACAAGGUUAUACAUUUUUGUCAGGAGAUCGGUCCCUUUACUGAAGGCAUAUUUAAUGUCAUUCAAGUUUACACACUUGGUGAUGAGAAAUGGAAAGAUAUCGUAACUCCAGAAGCUCUAAGUUUGAACUGUGUGAAAAACUCUGGAGUAGUUAUUGUUGAUGGCACAAUGUAUUGGCUUAUUGAAGAUGGGGGAUCUAAUUGGAAGCAUGCGGUUAUGUCCUUUGAUCUUGGGGAAGGAAGUUUUGCACAGAUACAGCUGCCAGUGGUUGAGCUUGAAGAUUGGGCAUUUGGUGAUGGCCGUAAUUACUGGGUCACAGAGAUCAACGGGAAGGAACUUAAACAAGGUGUGCGCAAAAGAGUCUCCAUGAUUGCACAACAUUUGCCGGAUGAGUUGAUUCAGCAGCGUGUAAUCAUGGAAAUUGAUCGGAUCUUGCAGCAUCUGCCAGAUUGUCCAGAUCCAGUAAUGGUAUAUUGA